CCUACUGAAACAGACACCUCAAACUGCCACGCCUAUUUCCCUAAUUCUAGAAUCUGAUCUGGUGCCGCCGCCUCUUCCUCUCCACCUCAUCCUUCUCCUCCCCUUCGUCGACCUGUGACCGAUCGCAUCACCACCGGAUUGAGCGCUGCGCAAUGCCCCUCUUCACCUCGAUCUGCCUCCUGCACUCGGCGGUGGCCGUCACCUGCGGCGCGCUCAUGAUGUUCUACCUCAGCGAGGUCUCGGUGAUCAGCCACGGCCGGGAAACUGCGCAGCGGCUGCAGGGCUCCACGCCGCACGACCAGCUGCUGAUCCAGACCUCUGACUCCUUCGCUGGCCUCCUCCUCUUUGCCAUCGGCCUCUUCCUCUUCAUGAUCGCCUUCGUCAAGGACCGCGCCUUCCAGACCUUCUUCGCCAAGGGAUGCAUCCUCCUCCACGCCGCUAUGGCCCUCUGGCGCCUCUACUUCGAGCGCCGCCUCGAAGAUCUCGCUCGCGACUGGCCCCGCCAGAUCGUCGGCGACCUCGUCCUCAGCCUCUCCUGGGUCAUCUUCCUCGCCUACUCCUGGCGGGAGAAAUACGACUAGAGUUAGCAAGAUCCAAAGUCGUUGUAAAGUUGGAUCUUUUCUAAAGCGCAAUCAAAAUUGGGUCGCGUAAUCGGUUUGAUCUUCUGCUUUCCACUUUAUCGAUCUGUACUGCAUUUUUGAGUCGUUGUAAAGUUCGAUCAUUUCUAAAGCGCAAUCAAAAUUGGGUCGCGUAAUCGGUUUGAUCU